CGCGCGGGUGGCGGGCGGUGCGCAGGCGCGGCCGUGACGUCGUGCCCAGCCGCCGAGCGCGGCGACGGUUCGUGCCCGGGAGCGUUGGUCGCGCGCUCGCGGCCUUCCGCCCGCCGCCGGUGAGGUGUGGUGUACCAGAUGUCAAGUUUUAAUGAUUUUAUGUAGUUUUUUUAAAAGACGAAUGGAUUAACGGAGAGUAAUUUUAGUGAAGGAAGGGGAGGAAAAAAUGGAGCAAUUUGGAACAAACUGAAAUCUUCCCCCGCACCGCUCGGGCCAUGGGUGAGACAGACCCAUUCAGCACCUUGUUCGCCAUCAGUUGUCUUCUGGGGUUGUAAAAGCACUCCCCGAGAGCUCCCCUCCAGGUCUCUCCAUUAACCUACCCUCCGCUGCUUGGAGAUGGUCGCCACAGAAAAGAUUUAAUGAAAUUCCUGUCGAUUCCCAGCCACCGAGUGGAUACUAAGCCUGUGGAAAGGCCUGGGGGGUCAGGAGAAAGGAACGAGUAGGAAGAGGACGAAAACACAAUCCGCUGGGCCUUCCCCUCCCGCCCCCCUUGCAAAGAAAGGAUUUACAGCUCAACCUUGCACCAGCUGUUCCUCGGCUUUAACAGUCAAGAGAGAAAUAAAUAAAAUUAAACGGCCACCGCCAGCCAGCCGGUCCCGGAUCCUGGUGAAAUCAGGGAGAGUGUUUCUGUGACCCCCUCCAGCGAGGGAGAGGAGGCGGCGGCAGCGCAGCAGUGCUGUGAGGAAGCUGGACAGAUUGCUUGGAAGACAACCCCCUCCUCCUGUGCCGCAUCCGGAGGGGGCUGCAGCAUAUCAGAGGGCAGACCAAAAAGAAGUGGCUUCCUUGAGGCUUCUGGAGUGGCUUUUUUGCAGGAAGCUUACCAAUAUCUUGCUCGUUCCCAGGGUGCUCGCUGGGUGGGAAGGUGCGCCCAGCUCCUCACCUCGUGUGUCGUGCUGGUCACCUUCCCUUGCCUGAGCCUGGAAGGCUUCCCCUCCCCUCGGAGCCUGGUUGCCGGUGUCAGCCGUGGGGGCACCUGCUCCUUGCAGGCUGUUGCCCGAGCGAGGGAGGCUCCUUAGGGCUCUCAGCAUUCCUGCCCCAACGGCUGUUUUAAAUCCAAAUCUAGUUCUCUGUUCUGAAUUUUUAAUGUUUUUAAACCUCCUUCCUUGUGCCCGCGAACUCCCGCGGGGCAGAGCGUAGCGUGGACUCCCUUCCAGAGACCACCGUGGACUUCUCUAGCCUGCCCGCUCCGGUCAGAGCUCGCCCUGGGAGCAAGCGCGGAGGCUGGGAAGUGGUUUGCCCCCCGUCCCUCUCCCCUCCCCUUCUCGCCUGGCUCUGACUCCCGCUGGGCCUGGGCUAUGCUGCGGGGCGGAUCCCCCACCACAGCUCCAACAUGCCAGCAGCAUCUGGAAAGAGAUUCAAACCCAGCAAAUACGUCCCGGUCUCAGCCGCUGCCAUCUUCCUAGUCGGAGCCACCACCCUCUUCUUUGCCUUCACGUGCCCGGGGCUCAGUCUCUACGUCUCCCCAGUCAUUCCUGCCUACAAUGCCGUCGUCUUCCUCUUCGUGCUGGCCAACUUCAGUAUGGCCACCUUCAUGGACCCAGGCAUAUUCCCCCGAGCUGAGGAGGACGAGGACAAGGAGGACGACUUCCGAGCUCCGCUCUACAAGACGGUGGAGAUCAAGGGCAUUCAGGUGCGCAUGAAAUGGUGUGCAACCUGCCGCUUCUACCGGCCGCCGCGCUGCUCCCACUGCAGCGUCUGCGACAACUGCGUGGAGGAGUUUGACCAUCACUGCCCCUGGGUCAACAACUGCAUCGGGCGGCGCAAUUACCGUUAUUUCUUCCUCUUCUUGCUGUCGCUCACCACGCACAUCAUGGGGGUGUUUGGCUUUGGCCUCCUCUACGUCCUCUACCGGGUGGAGGAGCUUUCUGGCGUCCGCAUGGCGGUCACUAUGGUGGUGAUGUGCGUGGCUGGCUUAUUCUUCAUUCCCGUGGCUGGCCUGACGGGGUUCCACGUGGUGCUCGUGGCGAGGGGCCGUACUACCAACGAACAGGUGACGGGCAAGUUCCGCGGCGGUGUCAACCCCUUCACCAACGGUUGCUGUAAGAACGUCAGCCGGGUCCUCUGCAGCUCCCCGGCCCCCAGGUACCUCGGGCGCCCAAAGGCCGAGCAGACGGUGCUGGUGAGACCCCCCUUCUUGCGGCCCGAGGUCUCAGACGGUCAGAUCACUGUCAAGAUCAUGGACAACGGUAUCCAGACAGAGCUGAAGAGGACGAAGUCCAAAGGAAGCCUGGAGGUGACGGAGAGCCAGUCUGCUGACGCUGAACCGCCACCCCCACCUAAGCCAGACCUCAGCCGCUACGCAGGCCUGAGGACACACUUAACCCUGGCCACCACCGAGGACAGCAGCUUGCUAGGCAAGGACAGCCCCCCGACCCCCACCAUGUACAAGUACCGGCCCGGCUACAGCAGCAGCAGCAGCUCGGCGGCCUUGCCCCACUCCACCAGCGCCAAGCUGAGCCGAGUGAACAGCCUGAAGGAGCCCAACUCCAUCUGUGAGGGCAGCCACAAGCCCAGCUACCGCUCGGAGCCGAGCCUGGAGCCCGAGAGCUUCCGCUCACCCACCUUUGGCAAGAGCUUUCACUUUGACCCGCUCUCCAGCGGCUCCCGCUCCUCCAGCCUCAAGUCGGCCCAGGGCACGGGCUUCGAGAUGGGCCACCUCCAGUCCAUCCGCUCGGAGGGCACCACCUCCACCUCCUACAAGAGCCUGGUGAACCAGACGCGCAACGGCAGCCUGUCGUACGACAGCCUGCUCACGCCCUCCGACAGCCCCGACUUCGAGUCGGUGCAGGCGGGUCCGGAGCCCGACCCGCCGGUGGGUUACACCUCGCCCUUCCUCUCGGCCCGCAUCGCCCAGCAGAGAGAGACCGACCUGCACGGCCGCUUCGCCAGCGCCGUCUCCCCCAAGCACGCGCCGCCCCGCGAGCCCUCGCCCGUGCGCUAUGACAAUCUCUCCCGCCACAUCGUGGCCUCCAUUCAGGAGCGGGAGAAGCUGCUGCAGCAGCCGCCGGCCCCGGGCAGGGAGGAGGAUGCGGGGCUGGCGGACUCGGGCAUCCAGUCGACGCCGGGCUCCAGCAACGCCCCCCGCACCAGCUCUUCCUCGGACGAUUCGAAGCGCUCGCCCCUGGGCAAGAACCCGCUCACCCGCCCGGCCCCACCCCGCUUUGGCAAGCCCGAGCCCCCCCACGCGCUGCGGGUGCGCUCCCUCGGCUCCCCCGACCAGCCCGCCGCCCCCCACCUGGGAAAAUCCGUGUCUUACAGCAGCCAAAAACCAGCGUCUCAGGCCAGCGUCCCCGAGACGGAGGAGGUGGCCUUGCAGCCCUUACUGGCACCAAAGGAUGAGGUGCAGAUGAGAACAGCCUACAGCAAGUCCAAUGGGCAGCCCAAGAGCCUGGGCUCGGCCCCCCCGGGCCCAGGGCAGGUGCCCCUCAGCAGCCCCACCCGUGGAGGAGUCAAGAAGGUCUCUGGCGUGGGGGGGACCACCUACGAGAUCUCGGUAUGAGGGGCAGAGCCGCUCACCCCCUCCCUGGCUGGCACCCGCUGGCCCUGGAGGGACGUUCUGCGGCCGGACGCUCUGCGGACUCCAGGGAGAGCCGGACCGGGGGGAGACGGGCCAGCGGCCCCCACUGCUUUUCUCUUUCUCCACCCCUCCCCGGGACGUGGGGGGCUGACACACACCCGAGCAAGGCUGCUCUUCCUCUGCCUGCCGAGGACUGCCGCUGGCAGCCGCCCCAGCCAGGCGCGGGGGGCUCGGGGGGGCUGCAUCCUGCAGCCCGGCGCCCUGGCACCAUCUCGGCUGGGCCAGCCACUUGUGGGCCUUGUGCAAUCAAUCGCUCGCCUAGCGUGGUAGGAAUGGAUUGUUUUUAAACCAGAAUACUUUUUUUUAUUAUUAUUGUUACGGAUUCUAUUUUUUUUCUGAGUUACCAGGUGUGUGUAUAUAUAAAUAUCUAUAUAUAUAAAUAUAAAUAUUAAAAAAAAAAGGCAGAAAUUAUAUAUCUUACCCAGAGAGAGGAAGAAACUACCCGUUCCCUGCCCAGGACCUGGGCCCCCACCUUGUCCUCCCCACCCCAAAGGAGGGGUGUGGGGCCAGGGCCGCCCCCUGCGUUCGUGGGAUGAGCUGGGGCAGACGCCCGGUGUCGCGCUCCCACCCGAAGCGUGGCCGGCAGGGCCGUGGGGUGGCAGGCGUCCCACCGGGGUGCCUUGUCCCCCCGCCAAGCCCUGCCGAAGGCCGAGGUGCUUUCAGCCGAGGACGCUCUCCUCCCUGGUUCUUUGCUUGUGAAGCCUCCGGCCCUCCCUGCCGGGGCAGCUGUGGCCCAGGGAGGAGGAAGGGCUCAGGGGCAGCCCCCUCCCCGUGCACCUCCCCAAACCCAACCGGAGCUGGCACGUGCUGGCUGGCAUGGAGAAAC